GCACUCAUCAAUUUUCCCCAAAUAUUCAAAUUCAGCUCCGAUCCAAAAUCGGAUUCAUACAUUUCUUGUUUUCUCUGCAAUUCAAGAAGAAGAUCGCAUUAAUUUCCAUGUCUUCCACAUACUGGUGCCACAGAUGCAACCGCUUCCUCAGGGCUUUGAAUCCGGAAUCCAUCGAUUGCCCCGAUUGCAGCUCCGGAUUCGUCGAAGAGGUCGAGGCUCCGCCGCCGCCGUCUUCAAUUUCCGACUCCAGGCAACGCCGCUUCCCCGCCGCGGCUAUGUACAUGAUGCAGGCGCCCGAGCCAUGCCCUAUUCCGGGGCCGGCGUCCGUAUCGAGCCCUAGGCUGCGAAGGAGCCGCAGAAAUGGAGGCGAUCGGUCGCCGUUUAAUCCUGUCAUCCUUCUCCGUGGUGGCGCCAGCGAUGGCGGAGGUGGAGGUGGAGGCGGUGGGGGAGGGUUUGAGCUGUAUUACGACGACAGAGCGGGGUCGGGGCUGCGGCCGCUACCGGCGACGAUGUCGGAGUUUUUGCUCGGUUCGGGCUUCGACAGGCUGCUGGAUCAGCUAUCGCAAAUUGAGGCGAACGGGAUGGGGAGAAUCGACAGCAAUCCGCCCGCAUCGAAGGCCGCCAUCGAGGCUAUGCCGACCGUGCCGAUAAUCGAUCGCCACAUUGCGAUUGAAUCGCACUGCGCGGUCUGCAAGGAGGCGUUCGAGCUGGGGAGCGACGCCCGCGAGAUGCCCUGCAGUCAUCUGUACCAUCAGGACUGCAUCCUGCCGUGGCUCUCGUUGAGGAAUUCGUGCCCCGUGUGUAGGCACGAGCUGACAGCCGAGGAUAAUGAGAACGGGAAUGGCGGUGGGGACGCGGGUAGAGGAGGAGGGAACGAGGUGGGGAGUGAGGAUGAGACGGUGGGGAUGACGAUAUGGAGAUUGCCCGGGGGUGGUUUUGCAGUGGGGAGGUUUUCUGGAGGGGGGAGAGGCGAGCUCCCGGUUGUUUACACGGAAAUGGAUGGCGGGUUCAAUAACAAUGGGGUGCCGAGGAGGGUUUCUUGGAGUUCUAGAGGUAGCGUUUCGAGGAACAGGGGAGGAUUGAGGAGGCUGCUAACCGGCUUCAUGUCUUGUUUUGGGAGAAGUGGAUCUUCCACUUCUACACCUAGGAUUAGUCGGAGGAGUGGCUCGUUGUCAUCGGUUUUUAGCACCACACAUACACGACGAGCAAGAGCUGCAGAUGAGUCGUUUCAACGAAUAGGGGAGGAUUGAGGAGGUUGUUAACUGGCUACAUGUUUUGGGAGAAGUGGAUUUUCCACGUCUACACCUAGGAUUAGUCGGGGACUGGUUCGUUGUCAUCGGGUUUUAACUCCACAGCUAGAUGAGGUAGAGCUUUGAGUUUGAAGUGAAUGAGAGGAGAGUUAGGGAAAAGAUUGGUGAUUCUUGAUGUAGAAGCAGUUGUUUGAGGUUGUAAAUAGUUGGAUACCACAAGUAUUCAAGUUUGUAGUUGUGCUCGAGGAUGGCUUCUCUAAAUUGAUAGAAUAAUCUUGUGAAAUUACUGUAACGGAAAAUGUGUAUUCUCUAUGAGAGCUCUCAAAUGUGAUUUUGAAUCUUGAGAGGAAGAAGUGUCGAGCUUUGUCACACUUUUGCCUUUUAACAUUUCAAGAAUUGUGGUGAUUUCAGUUUGAUGAAUAAAUGUUGCAACUUGUGUAUGCAAAGAUGUGCAUUGAUUUCUUUUUUGAAAAAAAGUGUAGGUUGAUUUGUAUAUAAUCAUACAACAUCUUAUGUUAUGACAUCAGAGGUAAUGUCACACUGUUGAGGUUGCUCUA